AUGGACCGCAUUGUUCGCCCUGUGGCUCGGCAAUUACUGCGACCUCGACCACGAUACCCUUUUUCCAUUCCCGCAGCACCUGCGGCCAAGAGACUCUACACCAUGGGAUACAGCAAGCCCCAGUUGAAAGAUGAAUCUCUCUUCAUUGAGAAGUGCUACAUCAAUGGCGAGUGGGUUGGCGCCCAGUCCGGAAAGACCUUUGAGGUCCACGAUCCUGCUACCGGAAAACUUAUUGGAACGUGCCCGGAGCUUGAUACCGCCGAUGUCGAGAAGGCGAUCCAGGCCGCCUCGGAGGCCUUCCCCUCAUUCCGCACAACCCUAGCACGCGAGCGUGCCCGCAUGCUACGUCGGUGGUACCAGCUGAUGAUGGAUAAUGCGGAGGAUCUGGCGAAGCUCAUUACUUGGGAGAACGGAAAGCCCCUGGCAGAUGCGAAGGGCGAGGUCAACUAUGCUGCUAGUUUCUUCGAGUGGUUCAGCGAGGAGGCCCCGCGCGUGUACGGCGACACCAUCCCUUCCUCUGUGCCCGGAAACCGGGUGAUGACCCUCAAGCAACCUGUUGGUGUGUGCGGUCUGAUUACCCCAUGGAACUUCCCCGCGGCUAUGAUCACCCGCAAGAUCGGCCCAGCCUUGGCGGCUGGCUGCACUGUGGUCGCCAAGUCUCCUUGCGAGACGCCCUUCACCGCCAAUGCCCUGGCUGAGCUCGCCCACCGGGCAGGUAUUCCAAAGGGUGUGGUGAAUAUCGUGACUGCGGCGGAGAACACCCCGGCAGUGGGUGAGCUUAUCACCACUCACCCGGAGGUGCGCAAAGUCUCAUUCACUGGUUCGACCAAUGUCGGCCGACUUCUCAUGAAGCAGGCCUCGUCGACAAUCAAGAAAGUUUCCUGGGAACUCGGCGGCAAUGCGCCAUUUAUUGUGUUCGAUGAUGUGGAGGAUCUUGAUGCUGCCGUGGCGGGCGCCAUUGCCUCGAAAUUCCGCAGCUCCGGUCAGACCUGCGUUUGCGCCAACCGGAUUUACGUGCAGAAGGGUGUUUAUGAUGAGUUUGCCAAGCGCUUUGUUGCCAAGGUGAAGGACUUCAAGCUUGGAGCCGGCUUCGAGGAGGGAAUCACCCACGGUCCCGUCAUCCACGAGCGUGCUGCUUCCAAGGCGCACGAGCAUGUGCAGGACGCCACAUCUAAGGGCGCCAAGGUCGUUAUUGGCGGACAGAAGGCUUCUGCUCUGGGCCCCAACUUUUACGAGCCCACUGUGUUGACAGGCAUGAGCGCGGAUAUGCUUCUUGCCUCUGAAGAGACAUUUGGCCCUGUGGCUGGCCUCUUCCCCUUCGAGACUGAGAAGGAGGUGGUCGACUUGGCUAACAAGGCCGAGGUCGGUCUUGCUGGCUACUUCUUUAGUGGUAAUGUUCGCCGUAUCUUCCGUGUUGCCGAGGCCCUGGAGGUUGGCAUGGUUGGUGUCAAUACCGGACUGAUCAGUGACGUUGCUUCUCCAUUUGGUGGUGUCAAGCAGAGUGGUUUUGGCCGCGAGGGCAGCAAGUAUGGCAUAGACGAGUUCAUGGUUAUCAAGAGCGUCACCUUUGGCGGCAUGGGGGAGCCUCUGCAGGCCUAA